CAUUUUCCGAUUAAAUUUACGUUUUUUUUUUCGUUUUCUCUAAAUUUCUUCAAAAUUCGGACAUACGCCGGAUACCUUUGCCGAAGGGCAACCUUCUGCGUUGUGUCUCCAUGUCCGAAAUCCCUAUCUAAUCUAAGACUUCGCUGCUAUGCUGAGAAUUCUAAAAAGGAGGUGCAUCCUCCAAAGUUCCAACUGGACCGAGGACCCUUCGACUCCCAGCUGGAUUACCAAUCUCGUCUGCAAUUUCAAGCUCCACCUUUGAGUCUCCCCCUCAGUUGCAUUAUAUGCACCAUUGGACCCUCAUCCAAUAGUCCGGAAGUUCUACUCAAGCUCAUUCGUGCCGGGAUGCGAGUUGUGCGAAUGGAUUUCUCUCAGUACAACCAUGAGUGCCAUUGCAAGACAAUAGAGGCUACUCGAAAAGCCAUGGAAAUGUAUGCAGAAGAAACGGGCUUACCCAGAACUGUGGCCAUUGCAUUGGACACCAAGGGUCCGGGGAUUCGAACGGGAAAGUUGGCAGGUGGUACAUCCGAAAUCAAACUCCUACCCGGUGAUAAAAUUACACUGAGUACCAAAAAAGAACUGGAGGAAAAGUGCACCAAGGAGCAGAUAUACGUGGACUAUCAGCCCUUACCUUCAGUCGUAAAACCUGGAAAUCGAAUCUUACUAAACGACGGAUUUAUCCAACUGGUGGUUAAGGAAUCCAAAGCAGAUGAAGUGACUUGCCAGGUGGAGACUGAAGGCAGGUUGGGUUCCCAUCAAGGAGUGAAUCUGCCGGGCAUUCCGUUGGAUCUUCCCUCCGUAACCGAACAGGAUAAACUGGAUCUCAAGUUCGGAGCGGAGCUGCCGGUGGACAUGAUCUUUGCGUCGUUCAUCCGCGAUGCCAAUGCUCUGAAAGAGAUUCGCCAGGCUCUGGGAUCGACGGGUGAACACAUAAAGAUCAUCUCCAAGAUCGACAGCCAACAGGGCCUGGCCAAUUUGGACUCCAUUAUCCGUGAAUCCGAUGGCAUAAUGGUGGCGCGCGGGAAUCUGGGCAACGAAAUUCCCGAGGAGCAAGUGCCCCUGGCCCAAAAAUCCAUCGUGGCCAAGUGCAAUAGAGUGGGUAAGCCGGUGAUCUGUGCCGGCCAAAUGAUGGAAUCGAUGACAACAAAGCCGCGACCUUCGCGUGCCGAAGCCUCGGAUGUUGCCAAUGCGAUAUUCGAUGGUUGCGAUGCCGUAAUGUUGUCCAGUGAAACUUCAGAGGGUAAAUAUCCAGUGGAGUGUGUGCAAACUAUGGCCAGGAUUUGUGCCAAAGUCGAGUCGGUUUUGUGGUACGAGAAUCUGCAGAGCAGUCUGAAGAGGGAAAUUCGAACCUCUGCCGCUGAUCACAUUUCGGCGGUGACCACUGCGAUUUCGGAGGCGGCAACAGUGGCUCAAGCUGGGGCAAUUGUGGUGGCAAGUCCAUGCCAAAUGGUUUCCCAGAUGAUCAGUCACAUGAGGCCACCGUGUCCCAUUGUCAUGCUCACUGGCUAUCCAUCCGAAGCAGCUGAAUCCUCGCUCUUCCGUGGUGUUUACCCACUUCUGGUCGAAGAAAUGGUUUUGGGUAGCCUGAACUUCCGACGCAUUAUGAAUUCGGGACUAAAGCUACUGGCCAAGAUGGACAUCCUGGAGCCGGGACAAACGGGAUCGAUUGUGGUGGUUAAUGCCAUGUCGGCGGAUAAGAUCAACUUCAAAUUUCUAACCAUCCGUCAACAAACUGCUGCCGAGCGGGAACAGGAAGAAAUAUGUAGAAAGCUAGCACAAGAACAGCGGUGCAAGGAAAUUGCUCUAAAGGAGUCCUGUGAAAGACUCAAGCAAGAAGAAGAAAUGGCUUUAAAUGAGUCCUGCGAAAAACCCAAGCAAGAAGAAGAAAUUGCACUCAAGGAGUCCUGUAAAAAGCUCAAUCAAGAAGAAGAAAUUGCUCUAAAGGAGUCCUGUGAGCAGCUCAAGCCAGAAGAAGAGGGCCGGAAAGAAAGAAAAGCUAAUGAGUGCAGGCAAGAGAAUUUGGCAAAACUAGAAGAAGAAAAGGGUAAGAAAUCCGAGAAAAAUAAAACAUCAGACGAGAGCUGUAAGAAAAUUGCUCUAAAGGAGUCCUGUGAAAGACUUAAGCAAGAAGAAGAAAUGGCUUUAAAGGAGUCCUGCGAAAAACCCAAGCAAGAAGAAGAAAUUGCUCAAAAGGAGUCCUGUGAAAAACUCAAGCAAGAAGAAGAAAUGGCUCUAAAGGAGUCCUCUGAAAAAAUUAAGCAAGAAGAAGAGAUUGCUCUGAAGAAGUACUGUGAAAAAAUCAAGCAAAAAGAAGAAAUUGCUCUAAAGGAGUCCCGUGAAAAGGUCAAGCCAGAAGAAGAGGGUCGGAAAAACAGGGAAGCUUAUGAGUGCAAGCAAGAGAAUUUGCCAAAAGUAGAAGAAGAAAAGGAUAAGAAAUCCGAGAAAGUUAAAAUAUCAGACAAGAGCUGCAAGAAAUCGGAGGAGACUUUAAAGAACUCGAAGGCGAAUUGUAAGAAAUCAGAGGAGAAUCUUAAAAAAUCGAAGGAGAAUUUAAAAAACUCAAAGAGGAAUUAUAAGAAAUCAGAGGAGAAUCAUAAGAAAUCCGAGGGAAGUUUUAAGAAAUCAAAAAAGGAGGAUCUAAAACAACAAAGCCAGAAAACAGCUGUAAAAGAUUGCAGCAUAGGGUUUAAACAGGAGGAAAAAUUGGCUCAAGACCAGCAUGGCAAGGAAAAGGAUCAUAAGGGGUCCUCUCAAAAACAGCAGGAGGAAGAUGGACGGAAAAAAAGUGAAGCUAAGAAAAGCAGGGAAAACAAAGCUUCAAAACUAGAAGAAGAAAAGUGCAAGAAACAAGAGAAAAAUUGUAAGAAAUCUGAGGAGGAAGUUCUUAAUCCGAAAUUAGCUUCAAAAGAUUCCUGCAUAAGACUAAACCAGUUGGAAAAAUUCAUGCAAAUGCGCGAGGUCGAAAAACAAAUAGAACAAUUGGAGAAACAUGUCAAAAUAUUCGAGGAGAAGACAAUUGCAAGUUGCAAUGCUGACAAGAAAACCAUUAAACAAAUAGAUGAACCCAAAAAAUCUAUCGAGUUGAAAAUCGUAAACUGCAAAACACCAGAACCCGAAAGCAGCAAAUCAAUCAAACUUGAAAAUAGCAAGUCGGUAAAACUGGAAAACUGCAAUCAGCAGAGCGAAUCAAAUACAAAUAUCAAUCAGGCGGAAAAGAUGUCGUACAAGGUUGAAGCUCUUCCCGAUUCCUAUGCCGAUUUGGGCGAGGGACCCCACUGGGAUGUGGAUCGCCAGAGUCUUUACUACGUGGAUCUGGAAUCGGCUGGCAUUAAUCGCUUCGAUUUCAAGCAGAACAAGGUGUACAAGGCGAAAAUCCAGGGCGAGGAGUUUGCCUCCUUUAUUCUCCCUGUGGAAAACAAACCCCAGGAGUUUGCUGUGGGUUGCGGACGUCGCACUGUGGUUGUCCAGUGGGAUGGAGUCUCCCCUACGGCCAAGGUCGUUCGCACCCUGUUCGAAGUGCAGCCGGACCAGACGGACAACCGCAUCAACGAUGCCAAAACCGAUCCCAAUGGACGGUUCUACGGCGGCACCAUGGCCACAUCCGGCGACAUCUUCACCCAGUGGAAGGGUGAACUCUACAGCUGGCAGGCCGGCGGAAAGCCAACGCUUCUUCGCACCAAAGUGGGCAUCUCCAAUGGUCUGGCCUGGGAUGUCAAGGCCAAGAAGUUCUACUUCAUCGACACGAACAACCAUGAAGUUGUGGGCUAUGACUACAAUCAAGCCACCGGCGCCGUGAGCAACCCAAAGGUCAUCUUCGAUCUGAGGAAAAUCCGCCCCGAGGGACCAUUAUUCCCCGAUGGCAUGACCGUCGAUACGGAGGGCAAUAUCUAUGUGGCCACCUUCAACGGCGGUACCGUCUUCAAGGUCAACCCAAGCACCGGCAAAAUCCUGCUGGAGAUCAAAAUUCCCACCACUCAAAUCACCUCGGUGGCCUUCGGUGGUCCCAACUUGGACAUUCUCUAUGUGACGACCGCCAACAAGUUCGACCAGCCAAAACCAGCUGGCACCACCUACCAGGUCACCGGUCUCAAUGCCAAGGGUUACCCCGGCGUCAACUUGAAGAUCUAAAUUAUAGAGUACUUGUACAAUAGAAUUUAAUUAACUGAGAAAGUGUUUACUUGUAUAUUAAAGGGAUACUGUUAAAA